AUGUCGAAUAAAAUAGAAGUUAAAGUUCAAGGAACACCACGCACGGAAUUGAUUGAUACUGCAGUUAAUUUUUUACAAAAUCCAAAUGUUCAAAAAUCAUCAACUUUUCAAAAAGAAGCCUUUUUAAGGAAAAAAGGAUUAACAACAGAAGAAAUUAAAAUAGCAUUUGAAAAAAGUGUAAAUCUUGUACCUUUGUCAUUAGUAAAUUAUGACCAAAAUGUUGCUAAAAAAGGCUUUUGGUUUCAAAAAAUAAAAGAUGUCAUUUCUACAGCAACUUUGGUGGUUGGAGCAUCUUACACUUUAUAUUAUUUAUAUAAGAAAUUUAUAAAACCCGUAUUUCCUGUAGAAUGGAAUAUUUCAAAGAAACAAGAUAGAAAUGGUAGUACAAAGAAACCUUUAGAAAAAGCAAUCACUGAAUUAAAAGAAGAUAUUCAGAGGAUACAAGCAGAACUUGAACAAAUAGUUGCAUCACAAAGAGAGCAAAAUAAUUAUAAAUUAAUGAGUGAAUUAAAAUCAGACAUAACCACUGUCAAGGGAAUUUUAUUAAGCAGGCAUCAAUAUUCUUCAGUAAGUCUGUCUGGUCCAGCAAUUCCAAAUUGGCAAUUAACAGGAGAAUCGACAAAACACAGCAAAGAAGGUUUAGAAAAUGAAGAUAACGAGCAUAACAGUGGAUCGAGUGAAACAGAAAUUGUAGUAAAUACAAAUAGUAAUGGAGGGAGUCAAGGAAGUGAUAGUUCACUUGAAAUGAUUAAAGAAGUUGAUAAUUGA